AUGCUCCCAUGGGUGUUGCAAAAGAAAUCUCAGAGUCUGUGGUGUGAAGAAGUAAUUGGUACUAGGUGGUUAGCAACUAGCACUACUUAUCCUAAGAGGCACGAGUUAAUGGAUCGGCCUGAGAGGACUGCUAUUGAAGCACUACCUUCAAUUAUGUGUGAGGGAAGUUGGGUAUUCUUGCAAGAGCUUAAGGGUAAGAUCCUAGUGGUACAGAACUUCAGAGUGGUUGAAUUGCACAGGAUUGUCAAGAAAGAGCAAAAUAGAUGGAUUGUGCAAGAGCUGAGUCCAGGGGAAAGGGAACUACUCAAUUGUGAGAAUUGUAGCAUAGUGGACAUGGAUAGGACAUGGGAGGGCGGAUUCCUAGGACCUGGACCGGAUGGAAUGAAUUAUGAUGGCAAAGGCAAGAGGGUCUUCUGGCAUUUGUUGGUGCAUGUUUUUGGUGAAGCUGCUGAGCAGCAUUACAUUUGCCACCUAUGCCUUGGCCCCCCAACUGAUGAUUUCUUCUAUGAGAUGGCUAUUAAGGACAGAGCUGUUACCAAUGCAGACUACCUCGCUCUGGAGAAGCCUUCAGAUAGUGCUAUCAAGGACAAGCAGAAAUUUGAAUGCCUCAUAGCUGUCAAAAGAGGAUCUACUGGAAAUGUUCAGCAUAUGUUCUUCAACAUUUCUAAAAUGCCCACCCAUCUAAUACCACUAUAG